CCACAACGUUUUGACUUGUGAACGAGAAAGCCAAGUGAAGCAACAAGCAGCUGAAGCAUUUCGAGAGCAAGGCAUAGGGCAUGGGGUCCUUGGCACCAGUUGAGAGGCCGCACGCCGUGAUGAUCCCCUACCCGGCGCAGGGCCACAUCACGCCGAUGCUGAAGCUGGCGAAGCUGCUCCACACCAGGGGCUUCCACAUCACCUUCGUCAACACCGAGUUCAACCACCGCCGCCUGAUGCGCUCGCAGCCGCAGGGUGCGGGCACGCUGCAUGGCCUGCCUGCGUUCCGGUUCGCUGCCAUCGCCGACGGCCUUCCGCCGUCCGACCGCGAGGCCACACAGGACACCGCUGCGCUGUCCUACUCUACCAUGACCACCUGCCUCCCGAGACUGAAGGAGCUCAUCAUCAAGCUCAACGAGGAGGCCGGGACCUCCGGCGGCGCGCUGCCGCCUGUGACCUGCUUGGUGGCCGAUGGCACCAUGUGUUUUGCUCUUGUCGCCGCGCGGGAGCUCGGCCUCCGGUGCGCCACCUUCUGGGCCCCCAGCGCCUGUGGUUUCAUGGGCUACUGCUACUACAAGGGUCUAAUAGAACGUGGCCUCUUCCCUCUCAAAGAAGAGGCGCAGUUGACCAAUGGAUACUUGGACACGAUCAUAAACUGGAUACCCUCGAUGCCCAAGGACCUGCGGCUGCGUGACCUCCCGAGCUUCGUGCGCUCCACGGACCCCGAUGACAUCAUGUUCAACUUCUUCAUCCACGAGACGACCGCCAUGUCGCAGGCGUCGGCGGUGAUCAUCAACACCUUUGACGAGCUCGACGCGCCCCUGCUUGAUGCCAUGUCUAAGUUCCUACCACCCGUCUACACGGUGGGGCCGCUCCAUCUAACAGUUCGCAACAACGUGCCGGAGGACAGCCCUCUCAUCGGCAUCGGCUCCAAUCUAUGGAAGGAACAGGACGGGCCUCUCCGGUGGCUCGACAAUCAGCCGCCGGGCUCCGUGGUGUACGUCAAUUUCGGGAGCAUCACGGUGAUGUCCAACGAGCAUUUGCUGGAAUUCGCGUGGGGGCUGGCCAACAGCGGCUACACCUUCUUGUGGAACGUACGGCCUGACCUUGUCAAGGGACACGACAACGCCGUACUUCCACCGGAGUUCUCGGCGGCGACAGAAGACCGAAGCAUGCUCUCGACAUGGUGCCCGCAGGAGAAGGUGCUGGAGCACGAAGCCAUAGGGGUGUUCCUCACGCAUUCUGGGUGGAACUCAUCGUUGGAAGGCAUCUGCGGCGGUGUGCCGAUGGUGUGCUGGCCCUUCUUCACGGAGCAGCAGACCAACUGCCGGUACAAGUGCACGGAGUGGGGCAUCGGGAUGGAGAUUGGGGAAGAGGUGACGAGGACCGAAGUCGAGGCCAUUCUACGGGAGGCCAUGGAGGGGGGGAAGGGCCAAGAGAUGCGACGGCGCGUGCUGAAGCUCCAGGAGAACGCCGUUGCCUCGGCGCGGCAUGACGGAAGGUCCAUGCGUAAUGUUGAUAGGCUCAUCCAAGAAGUGUUGCUGGCUUGAUACAAGCAAACUGGUAAAUAAUAAGAGAGUGAUAUUUGUGCACCCACCCAUAUUGCAUCCUCGGUGCACCCACCAUAAAAAAACUUAGUUAAAUUUUUUUUUAAAAAUCUAGAACUUUGUAGAUAUGAUUAUGGCCAAAUGUUUUUGGUGCUUGCAAAAUUUGGUGGGGAAAUAACAUCCGAGAUAUCUGUAAAAAAAAGUUUACCCUGAAAAUAUAUGAAUAGUAAUGUGAGUGCAGAGCAUCAUCUGUAUUUUGUUCUGUAUGGAGAUCACUAGUUCUUUUUUGUUGACAAAACUUUGCAAGCUCCUAAAAUAUUUGCUCAUAAUCGCAUCCAUCAAGUUAAAAAAA